GCGGAGAGAGUCGGAAGUUUCAUCUCCACCAUUCCCACACAAACACAAACCCCGGGAUAGAAGACAGGAAGUCACGCGUCUGGGAAAAAGGUGAGCUGGAUCUUCAUCAUCAGCAUCAUCAUCAGCAUCAUCAUCAUCAUCAACCACAUAUAAGAUGCUGCUCCCAGCGAGCAUGCUGAUUGGCCUGCUGUGCCUGAGUCACGCCGGCGUCGUGGCGGGUUUCGCUCGCCUCCUGGACGAUACCGAAUUACGCUCGGCUUUCUCGGUGGCCCGAACCGACAGUAUGGAAGGUGGACCCAAGAUGACCGUGACCUUUGACACGGUCUACGUCAACAUCGGCGGGGACUUUGACCCCAAAACGGGUUUGUUUCGUUGCCGCAUCCCUGGAGCUUACUACUUCUCCUUCACGGUGGGGAAGUUCCCACAUAAGGACUUGUCCGUGAUGCUGAUGAAGAACAGGAAUGAGGUCCAAGCUAUCGUUUAUGAGGAGAAUGCCGGAGAGGAGAAGAAGGUACAGAGCCAGAGCGUCAUGCUACAACUGGAAUUUGGCGACACCAUUUGGCUGCGUCUCCAUGGCGACCCUCGUUACGCCCUCUACAGCAACACGGGACAUUACACCACCUUCAACGGUUACCUCAUUUACCCCGACACCUACGACUACCAGACGCCCCAACGGGAACCCCAUCCUGGUUACGAUGUGCAACAGUGGACUAACAACCAAGCCACGGUCAACGUUGGGUCAGAACCGAAGAACACGAUGUCUGAGACGCAAAGUCGGGAAAACGGCGAGGACGAGAACGAGGAAGAUCCGAGAUCUGCUUUCUCGGCCGGUCGCACCCAGAGUAUAAUCGGAGUCAAUCAAGCCGGCAUGCCGGAGCACCGGCCGGUGAGUUUCGACACGGCGUUCGUAAACAUCGGCGAAGACUUCAACACAACCGAAGGGAUGUUCAGGUGCCGCGUUCCCGGCGCUUACUACUUCUCCUUCAACGUGGGCAAGCUUCCGCAGAAGACUCUGUCCGUGAAGCUGAUGAAGAACCACCUGGAAGUCCAGGCGAUGAUCUACGACGACAGUCACGGCGAGAAAGCGUUGCAGAGUCAGAGUUUGAUGCUGUCGCUGAAACCGGGCGACACCGUUUGGCUCUACUCCCACCAGAGAGACGGUUUUGGAGCUUAUAGCAACCAUGCUAAGUACAUCACCUUCACCGGUUUCCUGGUGUACCCGGAAGUGGCUACCACGACUAAAAUGAACACCGGCGGUCAGUCACACGCGGAUACGAAGCCCUAGCCGCCGCCGCCGCCGAGCUACUGACUAAAUAUUCCGACGGGAAUCCAUGCAAACGAACAAUUCCAAUUUUUUUUUUUCCCCCCAUACAUCCUUUUCAUAUGAAUCUCUUUGUGAUGUCACAGAGACCGUGCACUGAGGGGGCGGAGCUACAACUCAAUGAAUCGUUCCUUCCGUUCCAGCAAAAGAGAUCCCGAAAUGUGACUUCCUAUCCCGCCAAAAUUCCAACAUUCCGACACAUUCAACUGCAAUUGAUGGCUUGAAAACGUGUGUGCCCAACUAGUCUAGACUAGGUAUCCUAUCUGGUCUUUAGUCUAGCUCUGUCCAAACCAGUCUACACUAUUGUAUACAGCUGUCCUACCUAGUCUUUGGUUUAGCCUAGGGCGGUUCUUUCUAGUAUUUAGCCUGUCUAAGGUUGCCCAACUAGUCUAGACUAGGUAUCCUAUCUGGUCUUUAGUCUAGAGCUGUCCAAACCAGUCUACACUAUUGUAUGCAGCUGUCCUACCUAGUCUUUGGUUUAGACUAGGGCGGUUCUUUCUAGUAUUUAACCUGUCUAAGGUUGCCCAACUAGUCUAGACUAGGUAUCCUAUCUGGUCUUUAGUCUAGAGCUGUCCAAUCCAGUCUAGACUAUUGUAUAGAGCCGUCCUACCUAGUCUUUGGUUUAGUCUAGGGUGGUCCUAUCUAGUCUAGACUAGAGCGGUUCUUUCUAGUAUUUAACCUGUCUAAGGUUGCCCUACCUAGUCUACACUAGGUAUCCUAUCUGGUCUUUAGUCUAGCUCUGUCCAAACCAGUCUACACUAUUGUAUACAGCUGUCCUACCUAGUCUUUGGUUUAGCCUAGGGCGGUUCUUUCUAGUAUUUAACCUGUCUAAGGUUGCCCAACUAGUCUAGACUAGGUAUCCUAUCUGGUCUUUAGUCUAGAGCUGUCCAAUCCAGUGUAGACUAUUGUAUGGAGCUGUCCUACCUAGUCUUUGGUUUAGCCUAGGGCGGUUCUUUCUAGUAUUUAGCCUGUCUAAGGUUGCCCAACUAAUCUAGACUAGGUAUUCUAUCUGGUCUUUAGUCUAGAGCUGUCCAAUUCAGUCUAGACUAUUGUAUAGAGUCGUCCUACCUAGUCUUUAGUUUAGUCUAGGGAGGUGCUAUCUAGUCUAGACUGGAGCAGCUCUUUCUAGUAUUUAGCCUAAGGUUGCCCUACCUAGUCUAGACUAGGUAUUCUAUCUGGUCCUUAGUCUAGAGCUGUCCGAUCCAGUGUAGACUAUUGUAUGGAGCUGUCCUACCUAGUCUUUAGUUUAGUCUAGGGUGGUCCUAUCUAGUCUAGACUAGAGCUACCUUAUCUGGUCUUUAGUCUAGCUCUGUCCAAACCAGUCUACACUAUUAGACAGCUGUCCUAUACAGCUGUCCUACCUAGUCUUUCAUUUAGACUAGGGCGGUUCUUUCUAGUAUUUAACCUGUCUAAGGUUGCCCAACUCGUCUAGACUAGGUCCCCUAUCUGGUCUUUAGUCUAGAGCUGUCCAAUCCAGUGUAGACUAUUGUAUGGAGCUGUCCUACCUAGUCCUUAAGGAUGAACCGAUGAAGCCUGCUGGGGUUGUGAUGGAACCAACGGCGUGAGAAGAGAAGAACCUGGAUGGACGAGAACGUUGACAGUUGAGUGAAGUAGUUGCAUCCCGUUUGUCCCAUGGGUAUCGAACGUACGCUGUUUGUGAUCCGUGUUGUCUGUUGUUGACCAAACGCAUCUUUGUCAUCGUGAUGAAGCGAUCCGCCGCAGGAGCCGCGCAGGAUAAAAAUAACUCGCUUUGGGAAAAGUUCAAACUCCAUCUCCAUCCCACGUGCGUCGUUGACCACAUGGCAUCUCUCGGCACCAAAAUGAGGUUUCUAAUACUGGCGGGGGGGGGGGGCUAAGGAGGAAAUUGAAUUUCUUCUUCAAAAAUAGACCACCCCCCCCCCACCACCACCGCCUCACCCGCACCCUGUAAAAAGACAGAAAUGAACGCUAUUUUCUUACCAGUUAUUUUCUUAGUCGAUUAAUCUGAAGCUUGUUGUUAUGAUUAAUCGACUAACCAAAUCAAAAUUAUCAAAAUUACUGGUAAUAUUUAGUUUUUUCUGUUAAAUUAUAUUUUUAGAAUAUUAUUAUUUUAUUGUUGUAAAAUGACUGGUCAUUUUUAGUUUUUUUGUUAAAUUAUAUUUUUAAAAUAUAAUUUAUUUUAUGUUUGUGAAAUUACUGGUAAUAUUUAGUUUUUUUCUGUUAAAUUAUAUUUUUAGAAUAUUAUUAUUUUAUUGUUGUAAAAUGACUGGUCAUUUUUAGUUUUUUUGUUAAAU